AUGCGUAGUGAGCCAUGCCAGCGACUUCAGAGCACUCUCAGGGAGCGAGCGAAGGACUCGCCACGCAUUCGGCGCAUCGUUUGCUUCAAUCUGGGUCCCGUUCGAAACAUCUCGGAAAGCCCCGAAGGCCACGAUAGGGUCUUCAAGUAUUUAGCAGCAGUCACCACCGCCGAGACUCUGGUUGAGGUUUAUGAGGGGACCGAAUCGCCGCCCUUACCGGUCGUCAUCUUCGCCCAGGACGAGCAUUACGAUGAAGUCGACAAACAAAUCCUCAUCUGCAUCUGUCCCUGCAUACGCGCCAUACCGUACUCUAGAGCAUUCCUUUUGACCGACCAACAUACGCUCAUCAUCGACGGCAGUGCUCCGAAUGACGGCCUUUGUUCACCCGCUUUUGAGGCCAUCGCCCGCUCCGGAGAUCCCUCUCAUCGCCCGGGUGCCAUUAUUGCCACGGAUAUUACCCUUGAUGGUGACGUUGGCGAACUCAAUGGCCGAUAUCAACCCACGCCAGAAGUGCUGCAGAUGCUAGAAGAGUAUGAUCUGUGCAACUUCGCCGAUACACGCCUGGACGAGAGCGUACUGGAUCUUCUGGAAGAUAAGUCGUUGAAGAGGAGGAUAUGCAUAGAGGAUGAUCCAGUCGAGACAAUGAGGCUGAUGCGACGAAGGGCCAAAAUUGAGAAGGGAUUUUGGCUCUCGCAAUCCCUCGCGCGUUGUCAAGAUUUUCGCGAUGUCGAUAACGCCUUCAUACUUCGUCCUGGCGCGCCGAUCGAUUUCAAACUUCCCGAUAUUCAUGGCCGCAAAUGCGUUGUAUGGAAAGCGCCUACCGACUCGGUCGGCAUGAGUCGGUACGAAUACGGCAUGGAGCUCCGUUGGUUUGGAUACGAAAUGCUGGCUUGGCUCAACCUUGCUCAUUUCGAUAGCCGCAUGCUUCUGCGCCAGAGCGAAGAUCGUCCCGCUCCGAAAGUUGAAAUUGUGGCUGAAGACAAGGACUACACCAGAUACGACAAAGAAUUCGAGAAAAUGCUGGAUCCGGACAUCACGAUCGCCAAGGAUCUCGAAGCUUUCGAGUCUUCGGAAUUGCCACCCGCGAUCCUCGGUCCUGCUAUUUUCCGGAACGACGAGGAUGUCGGAAAAUUUCUAUGGAAAAGGUUAACCACUCCUUGGGCUGUCGAAUUGUUGGAGCAAUAUGUUACGUGCAAUUUCCAGGAUGUGGAGAUCACUGACGAUUGGAUGCCGGAUUUGGGGGCAUUGAGCUUGUGGGAUAUGGAGCUGUACGUCAAGCGUAAGGAGCUCUGA